CUUUAGUCUGCUAGACCUUUAGUUACAGUAUUUGAUGAGGAGGGUAAAUCCUGUGCUCAGGUGGGAAUGCCUGCUGUUUUCAAGGCCCCCAUACGCCAGGACAUUUUACAAUAUGUACAUACCAAUAUGUCUAAGAACAAACGUCAACCUUAUGCAGUAUCUAGGAAGGCGGGGCAUCAGACAAGUGCUGAGUCUUGGGGUACUGGACGUGCUGUGGCUCGUAUCCCUCGUGUGAGAGGAGGAGGUACUCAUCGUUCUGGUCAAGCAGCUUUUGGAAAUAUGUGUCGUAAAGGUCGUAUGUUUGCACCCACAAAAACCUGGCGACGUUGGCAUCGUAAAGUCAACCUUAACCAAAGACGUUACGCCAUGUGCUCUGCUCUAGCAGCUACAGCACUCCCAGCAUUAGUGACAGCACGAGGUCAUCGUAUUCGUAAAGUGGGAGAGAUACCACUGGUAGUGACUGACUCUAUACAAAACAUGAACAAAACUAAGGAAGCUGUUAAGUUAUUGAAGACAUUGAAAGCAUAUGAAGAUGUCGAUCGUAGCAAACAGACUAGGAGGAUUCGUCCUGGGAAGGGUAAGAUGAGGAAUCGUCGUUACCUUCAAAAGAAAGGACCAUUGGUUAUAUACAGUAAAGAUGGUGGAAUUAAGAAGGCUUUUCGUAAUCUUCCUGGAGUGGAGCUGUUAAAUGUGAAUAAAUUGAAUUUGUUACGACUUGCUCCUGGAGGUCACAUGGGUCGAUUUUGUAUUUGGACAAAGAGUGCCUUUGAGAAAUUAGAUCGAAUUUAUGGAACAUUUAACAAGCUAUCAAAAUGCAAGAAAAACUACAAGUUACCUCGUCACACAAUGACAAACAGUGAUUUAGCUCGUAUUAUUAACUCUGAAGAAGUCCAGAAACAGCUCAGACGUAAAGGUCCCAGACGAUCUCGACGUGCUCCUAUUAAGAAGAACCCUCUAAAGAAUUCACAAGUCAUGAUUCGUCUUAAUCCUUACUGGCAGACAUUUAAACGUCAUCAAUAUCUGAUACAACAGAAACGAUUGAAAGAGAAGAAAGCUAAACAGGACACUCAAUUUUAA